AAACCCUACUCUUCCUUCUCUCAGUCUUCACAUCAAUAGCCAUCUUGUCCAAGUUAGUUGGUUUUUCUAGCACAAGAUGGCUUCUAGGGUUCUUCUUCUUGCGCUUCUUGGUGCCCUUGUUUGCACCAUUGAUGCAAGGAAGCUUGGGAGUGAAAAGGGUUCGUUUAGGGAUGAGAAGAACUUCUUCCAUCGUCCAGGGUUUGGAGGAGGUGUAGGAGGAGGAGGUGGAGGCGGGUUUGGUGGUGGCGGAGGAGGAGGGUUAGGUGGUGGUGCAGGAGGAGGGUUUGGUGCUGGUGGUGGUGCCGGUGGUGGAGCCGGAGGAGGGUUUGGCGGCGGUGGCGGUGGAGGAUUUGGCGGCGGCGGCGGAGUUGGUGGAGGAUCAGGGUUUGGAGGAGGAGCCGGGUUUGGCGGUGGUGCCGGUGCCGGUGGCGGACUUGGAGGAGGUGGUGGAGGAGGGUUUGGAGGUGGCAGUGGCGGUGGACUCGGCGGUGGUGCCGGUGGAGGAUUUGGAGCUGGAGGUGGAGCUGGAGGUGGAUUUCCAUGAAAACAUUAAUAUUGUUGCACUCUCCACAUAAUGAGGACAUGCUAGCUAUUCUUGUGUUUGGUAUUAAUAACAUGCAGCUUUCAUAUGUUCACGUACGUUGUUCACUUGUUUGUUUCAAGCAUUUAUGUGUCAAGUGAAAAUAAUUCUGAAAUUGAAUGUUAUUAACUCUAGUUUAGUAGAGUUGUUUUCCUUC